AUCAUAACUAGGGCAACACAUUACCCUCUAAAAACCCUAGUAUAUCAUCUUCUUCCUAUCAUUCUCCUCAAAACCCCUCCGGCGAGAGAGUGUAGAGAGAGAGAAGAGAGAGAAACCGGCGAAAUGGGUCGUGUGAUCAGAGCACAACGUAAGGGAGCUGGGUCUGUUUUCAAAUCCCAUACCCACCACCGGAAAGGUCCGGCCCGAUUCCGUACCCUCGAUUUCGGCGAGAGAAAUGGAUACCUGAAAGGAGUAAUCACAGAGGUGAUUCACGAUCCAGGGAGAGGUGCACCACUUGCACGCGUGACAUUCCGUCAUCCUUUCAGGUACAAGCAUCAGAAGGAGCUGUUCGUUGCCGCUGAAGGGAUGUACACUGGACAGUUUGUGUACUGUGGGAAAAAAGCUACUCUUAUGGUUGGUAAUGUGUUGCCGCUUAGAUCUAUUCCCGAAGGAGCUGUUGUUUGUAACGUUGAGCAUAAAGUUGGCGACCGUGGUGUUUUUGCUAGGUGUUCUGGUGAUUACGCCAUUGUUAUCAGUCAUAAUCCUGAUAAUGGUACCACUAGGGUCAAGCUCCCAUCAGGAGCCAAAAAGAUUGUGCCCAGUGGAUGCCGUGCAAUGAUUGGUCAGGUUGCUGGUGGAGGACGUACUGAGAAACCAAUGCUUAAAGCUGGUAAUGCUUACCAUAAGUACCGUGUGAAGAGGAACUGCUGGCCUAAGGUUCGUGGUGUUGCUAUGAACCCUGUGGAGCAUCCCCAUGGUGGUGGUAACCAUCAACACAUUGGUCAUGCCAGUACAGUCCGUCGUGAUGCACCUCCUGGACAAAAGGUUGGUCUUAUUGCUGCAAGGAGGACUGGUCGUCUUCGUGGUCAAGCCGCUGCUACUGCUGCCAAGGCCGACAAGGCUUAAGCUCUUCACUUGUUACUUUUCUACCUUGUUAUUUUAUCCUGAUCAAUUUUUGAGUAUUCAGUUAAAAAAACCAUUUUGUAGUGAAGUUAUAACAUGCUAAAUUUUGUUGGGAUGUUUAGUAAGUUCUGUUUUCAUGAUCCUUGUUUGGUGCAUUUUACUACCUUUUCCCCUCA